AUGCAGUGGUUUUUGAAUGAGCUUAAGAAAGGGUUGCCACGAACAAAUGGAGCUGGAUGGACGAUAAUAUCAGAUGAGCAUCAGAGCAUAUUGAGGGCAGUUAACCUAGAACUCCCUCAGGCUGAGCACAGGCAUUGUGCAAGGCACAUAUAUGCCAACUGGAAAAAGGAUUUCAAAGGCGAAGAGUUGAAGUUACAUUUUUGGAGAUGUGUUAAGUCAUACAAUAUGGCUGAUUUCAAUGAUGCUUUGCAAGAGAUGACUGAACUUAAUCACGCUGCAGUUGAUGAAUUUAGGAAAGCUGACCCUAAUGUGUUUUGUAGACCUUAUUUGAAGAAUCUGACAAAAUGUGAUACCAUAGUUAGCAAUAUGGUUGAAACAUUUAAUAAUUACAUUAUGCGUGCUAGGUCAAAGCAUCUAAUAGACAUGCUUGAAGAUAUUAGGACCAUGUUGAUGAAGAGAUUGGUGACAAAGAAAGAAGACGCACAGAAGUGGGUGGGGAGUAUAUGCCCUAAGAUUCUAGCAUUGUUAGAGAAAGAAAAAGAAGAAGCUACCAAAUGUACUAUCAUGCCAGCAACUACUUCACUAUUUCUGGUAGCUUAUUAUUUUGAUACUCUAGAGGUUGAUUUAGAUAAGAGGUCCUGCACUUGUGGAAAGUGGGAUUUGAAAGGUAUUCCUUGUCGUCAUGCAAUAGCUACUAUAUUAUACAAGCGUUUCGAUGUGUCUGCCUUUGUUGAUAGAUGCUAUACAAAGGAGGCUUACCUAGAAGCAUAUAGUGGAUCCAUACCACCUUUAGCUGGUGAUAGGUAUUGGCCUAAAAUGAAUACCACCCUCCUCCCCCCUCCCAUUAAACUUGGCCCAGGUAGACCUAGAAAGAACAGGAGGAAAUCUGCCCAUGAGGAUCCUAAAAAACCUGGGAAGUUGACUAGACAUGGACUACAAAUGUCAUAUAGGGUAUGUGGUUUACCGGGACAUAACAAAAGGAAAUGUCCUGAUAAGGACACAAUUAGGGAACCCUCACCCCCACCAAAGAGAGGAAGGGGUAGACCUAAAAAGGUUGUUGCUACUCCUUCAACACAAUCCACAAUCACUCAUGAAAUCUCUGCUCAACCCAGUUAA